UAAACCUUGUCCUGCAUAUGUCCAUAGACCAUCAUGGUAAAAUACCACCAGAUAUCAAGUACUGGAGGAAUAUAUCAAAUUUAUACUUGAUAACAAACUAAAUUGGUUACUGAAUUGAAGCAUGCGUAGCAACACUGAAGAACAGUCUGUUGAUUUGUAGAAUUGAAUUCCUGCAAAAAAUGGUGGUGGUGCACAUCUGACCCAUGGUAAUACCUUGAAAGAGUAUGAAUAUUUCAGCAAACUGCCUCGUCAGUGGUUCCUCCUUAGCAUCUGAAGUGCAUGCUGCUGCUGUUAAUGGAGAUAAGAGUACCCUCCAAAAGCUAAUAGCAGGAAACGGUGAGCUGAAAGAUAAAGAGGACCAGUUUGGAAGAACGCCCCUUAUGUACUGUGUAUUGGCUGACAGACUGGACUGUGCAGAGGCAUUGCUGAAGGCUGGAGCUGAUGUGAACAGAGCUGAUCGUAGCCGAAGAACCGCUCUCCAUCUUGCUGCACAAAAGGGAAACUACCGAUUCAUGAAACUUUUACUGGCUCGUAGAGGGAACUGGAUGCAGAAGGACUUAGAAGAUAUGACACCAUUACAUUUAACUACACGUCACAAAAGCCCAAAAUGUUUAGCUUUGUUGCUAAAACAUAUGGCACCUGGAGAAGUGGAUACCCAGGACAGAAACAAGCAAACUGCAUUGCAUUGGAGUGCCUACUACAAUAACCCAGAGCAUGUGAAACUUCUCAUAAAACAUGAUUCAAAUAUCGGAAUCCCUGAUAUUGAAGGAAAAAUCCCACUUCAUUGGGCAGCUAACAACAAGGACCCUAGUGCAAUUCACACAGUGAAAUGUAUUCUGGUCUUCACAUCCAGGUUAGAGUGUGAAAAGCUAGAAAGUUUUCUGCAUGAUAUUUCUAAUAUUCAGCAGUGCUUGGUUACAUGACAAACGUUGGGAAGAUUUAAGGAGAAAAGAACAGAAUAAGGUUCCAUUAAUAUGAUGGAAGCAACUGCUUAGUACUGUCUGUCUAUUUUGUAUCUCUUCUCUUUAUUUAUUCC